CCUGUGUAAGCUGAUUACGUGCACGACAGUGGUUUAUGACGCUCAUUAGUUUACUUGACAAGAUUGGUGAUUAGGAGUUAAUUUCAACGUUAUGUUCCCAUAAGCACAUCCACUAAUGAACUUGUAUUUCGGCUUAAAAUAGACAAGUAAACAAGAUAAGAAAAAUAAGGUUAAGGACAGUUUUACAACAAAAGAUUACAAUUUAAAAACAAUAAAUUAUUCACGAGUUUAUGACAAAAUAAGAAUCCGAACAUAAUUUGAAUGGAAAAUGAGAGCGAAUUUUGAAAACAUAUUUAUUACCUUCAACCAUCAUUGUUUCUGCUUUCGAACGACAAGAACCACCCGAUGCAACCGAUUGUUGCAUUUUGCAUCGUAAAUGGAGCUAUGAAUGUGAUUAGCAUUUUUAUGCCAUUUUUCGCCUCAACUCACACAACAGCAAGAAAGAUGAUGCCAGCAACUUCUGGACGCAAGUUGAUGGUGGUGCAGAAAGCAAGUGAAAGUUGAACAACGUGUACCCUCUUAUUUGGCAAAUGUUUUCCCACGAGUGAGAUGACCAAAGCAGUUUAUGUGAUAGUUUUUCAAUUUUUCCUCUAAUUCAAUUCAAUACAAAAUCUUUCUCUAGCAAUAUUCAACAAAAAAGAAAACAAAAAAGUGAGUGAAUUCUAUGUGUAAAAUAAAUGAACCGCGGAAUGGUUUCCCCAACAAGUGCCAAUGGUAGACAAAUGUGCGUGAAAUAAGCAACAUCCACAGCACGAAUCGUGUACGAAUGAUUGUCCCAAUUGGCCGCUAACAUUUUCUCCCUCUUCCCCGAGCGGAAUGUGUCGAGGGGCGAGCCGGUAACGACGCCGGGCCGGGAGGAAAUCGAACCGAAAGUGACACUGAAUACGUCGGGCAUGUCCUUAAAACGGCUCGCCGUCAUAUCGGCCGUCGGUUCGCACAACAGCUUCAACAAUCAGACCAUCUCGUACGUUAGCUCGUACAGUGGAGCGAGCGGCAAUACAGUCGAGCAGAACGUUAUCGUCGGACACGCCGGUUCCGGGAACGUACGUACCGGUGGACACCACCAGGGAUUGCAGACGAUGCGACCGGGAGCGAAUCUGCACGGCAAUGUGAACAUCAUGCUCGGCGGUGCCAUGCUGUCCGUGGUCAUCACGGUAGUGUGUUUUGUCUGCUACUGUUGUCAUCGCAAUAUUAAAAAGCGCUCAAACUCCAUCUACCGUCAACAGUGGCUCGAAACGGAGGCAAACAUGGAAAUCUACAGCGUGGAACAGUGCUACGAUCCACCAGCCUCCGGGACGGGUGGAUUUUUUAUGGAUGGUAGCAGUACUACCGGCGACUAUCAGUCGCUACCGAUGGUGACCAGCGCUAUAAAUCAUACGAGCCACCAUCCACAGUAUCCCUACCAUCAUCAACAUUAUCAUCAACAGCAGCAGCAACAGCAGCAACAUCAUUACCAGUACACACCGUACCCGAAUGGUCCACCACCGUCCUACGAUACCGUUGUCGCGCAGGAUGAACUGCUGGCAAGCGUUACACGCCGCAAGCGCAACUUCGCGCCCGGCACCGACACAAGGCGGGUGACUGCCGGCCCAUCAUCUCACCGCUGCUCGGAUCCAGAAUCACACGAUUGCGAUAAACAAUCGGUCUGUCCGGAAUCUACCACACCGCUGCUGCCGAAGAUGGCGGCCCGUUCCCAAAGGAGCUGUGGCGUAUCGGCGUCAAAUGAACGCACUUACAGCGAUGAUGAUCCUGCUGAUGAAGAACCGCUCGGCCGAAGCGUUCAGCAACCCGAAUGGUACGAAGAUACCCGGGUGGAAACGUACGACAGCGAAACAAGCUGCAGCUGUCCCACAAUGACCAACGGCACCACCGUCAUUAGCCGUCCCGGUGAGGGUGGUACCAUUGGACAGGCAGUACCGCCAAUUUACUGUCGUAAUUGUGGUUACUUUGUGGAGGGUUCUAGGGAUUCAUCAACCUCACCCGUCCGGACACGGUCACAGACGGAUCGGAUCGAACUGACGCGUAACGAGACACUCCUAGUCGAUUAUGAGACUAUAAGCACCGAUACAACGCCUGCCCGUUCCGGCGCUCGGCACGACGACGUCAAUCGAAACAAUACCGUCGACGACACCGCCACUAGCGUUGACAUUGACAUGCUGACAAUGCAGCUGAUGGCAUCGGCAUCAUCCACCGUGUCCGCACAUGCCGGUUCCACCAGACAGCUCGAUACGAUGAAUAACAACAGUACGGCUAAUGAAACCCAAAACUUGCGUUACUCGAUCGGUGUUGUUGCACCCGAUUCGUCAACCAACCCGACAUCAUUAAACGAAGAGGACAACCAUGGACGGACGGUUACUGCCAGCUCGAAUGCAAACAGUGAAAAUAAUAACAUCAUUACCGAUUCAUCGGCAUCGAUAAGCGCAACGGAUCAUCGGGAAACUCCCGCAAGCACCAGUGACAUCAUUCAUCAGUGUCCAACAAACACGUCAUCCAAUCAGUGUUGCAAUCAGCCCGCCAGUUACUUGCAGCCGGCCGGGGGUGAAAUAUCGACGAUCCCGACGACGGUGGAAGAUCACACGAACGGGAAUGACAGUUUGGCGGUGGCAACUACACCACGCAACGAACCAUCCGGUAUCCGAAGUUUGCUAAACGAGAACGGUUUGGUGCGGUUAGAUAUGAGUCAAAUCAUCGACAACACCGGUCUACCGACGUAUGAAGCGGCCUUAAAGCUGGAAUCGAGCGGGUACGUGUGAGACGGGAAUUUUUAUCUAAAACGUAAAAAAACAUCAUAACAAACCAACAAAAAAAACACCAAAAACAGCACACACUCAUCAGGCAAGACACUGCAAAACUUAAACAACACAAUUUAAAUGGCCUUUCUAGUGUAGAAUUCUCCAGUGUAAGUGUUAGUUAAACACACCCCCCGGGGGGAUAGAAAAAAACCAACAAAACCCGCACAACAGCAGCAAAAAUGCGUCACUCAUCAUCACAGAACUCGCUUAUCUGUUCAUGAUAAAUACGUGGUAACAAAAAAACGGUUUAAAAAUUUCUUUUCGUACGUGUCGAUGCAAUGAGGUUAGGUUAGCACAGAAUUUUCCGCUCUUUAAAGUAAGUCAUUCCAUUCUAACCAUUAUGAAUCUUUUGACUAAAAAGCGAUGAGUUUAUUUAUGACUAGUAACCCACAGCAGCAGCUAACGUACGAAACACGGGUAAGAUCAGGUUGAUUGACGGGUGCGAUGAGCCGUAGGUUGAUCAUCCUCCCCUUCAGCCGUAAGACGUAAAGGGUUUCAUUGAAAGAAAGAUAACAGAAAAAAAACAACCGUAACCCAUAUCGUGUAUCUCUCAUGUAGGUCCCAAGGAACACCACAUCAAGGCUUUAAUGUUGUGUAGUACUGUAAAAAUAAAUGUAUAAUGUUUCCACAAAUACAACUAUAUUGGAGCUGUGUGUGUGUAAUGUGUAAGUGUGCUUAGCUUUAAUAUGUUUAAGUUGGUAAGUAAUAAAAUAGAUUAAAAAAGCAUAAGUGUGUUUAUGUGCGGACGCCUAAAGUUAUGCAAUUGAUUGUUUUUAAUAAGCGCUCUAGCCAACUGUCACAUUCCUUUUAGCUAUCAAAAGUAAUUAUUGCAUACUUUUAGGCGUAAACGAUGUACCACAUAAGGGGAUAUAUUUAUGCAACAUAAAAUUAUGUACAAAAACAAAAACAAAAUGUUUUUUUUUUU